CACCUUUUUUUUCAUUUCACAACUUUGGCACGCAAGAUGCUCGUCCUUCCAGGCUCGGUCGCUCUGUCCGCAUUUAGGACAGAGAAGCUGCUGCUGGAUGUGAAGACUCGAUGCAAUGCCAUAGCCGACAUACGAGCGUUCUACGUCCACUUUGUUCGCACCUCGGAUGCCUUCUCGUCUUUGUCGCACGAGAAGGUGGAAACAGUCACAGCUACUCUGAACGCACUCCUACGAUACGGCUCUGUGGAAGCAAACACUUUUACCAAAGAAGAGCAGACUUGGCGGCACGCUCUGGCCACUGGAAGCCGCUUGCCUGCAGAUGGAAAAGACGCCCGCCAGCUCUUUCUCGUUUUACCGCGACCCGGAACCAUUUCCCCGUGGUCAUCGAAGGCUACUGAUAUUGCUCGCACUUGUGGAUUAGGACAGUAUGUGAAGAGAAUCGAACGCGGUAUCGCUUUCUUUGUGCAUACCGAUGGCGGGAAAUCAGUCUCGGAUGCCGAUUUAAGCUCGUUUGCCGACCAGUUACACGAUCGUAUGACUCAAGUCGUUCUUCGUACCAUUCCUGCGGAAGGAGCAGUCUUUAAUACUGGAGAUCCCGCGCCUUUAAAAUCCGUCGAUCUUCUUGGCGCUGUCAAGUCAGGGGGCAAUCCACGAGCAGUUUUAGCUGAAGCGAACCGGGCAUGGGGCCUGGCAUUGGCAGAAGACGAGAUUGAUUAUUUGGUUGAAGCUUUCUUGCACCCUCCAGCAGGAGAGAAACCUCGGAAUCCCACAGAUGUUGAGCUCAUGAUGUUUGCCCAAGUGAACUCGGAACACUGUAGACACAAGAUCUUCCGCGCUUCCUGGACUAUCGAUGGGGAAAAUCGCGAUCAUUCAUUGUUUGACAUGAUCAGGAAUACAUACAAACUUCACCCCGAGCACAUCCUCUCCGCAUACUCCGACAAUGCUGCGGUAUUAGAAGGGCCGGAGGGGAUUCGAUUCUCCGCUGAUCCUGCAAACCAACAUAUCUACAAUGUCAACAUCGAGAAGCUUCAUACGCUUGCGAAAGUUGAAACGCACAACCACCCAACAGCCGUGUCUCCGUUUCCUGGCGCAUCAACGGGCUCAGGUGGAGAGAUACGUGAUGAAGGGGCGGUGGGUCAAGGAUCAAAGUCCAAGGCAGGUUUGACUGGUUUUACCGUUUCAAACCUUCGCGUGCCGGGCUUUGUUCAACCGUGGGAGGCCAGGGAAGACGUCGGUCGACCGGGGCACGUGGCGUCACCCUUGGAAAUCAUGAUUCAAGCUCCCCUUGGCGGUGCAGCGUUCAACAAUGAAUUUGGCAGGCCGAAUUUGGCGGGCUAUUUCCGUACGUACGAAGAUCGUAUUGCCACGGAUAGUAGUUCAGAAGUGCGUGGUUAUCACAAACCUAUCAUGAUUGCCGGCGGUAUGGGCACCGUGAGGCCCAUGCAUGUUUUCAAAAAGCACAUCGAACCGGGGGCAAAGCUGAUCGUCUUGGGAGGGCCAUCAAUGCUGAUUGGAUUGGGUGGUGGAGCGGCUUCAUCAAUGAGUCAAGGGCAAAGUUCGGCUGAACUUGACUUCGCUUCGGUGCAGCGUGAGAAUCCAGAAAUGCAGAGGAGAGCACAGCAAGUCAUUGACACGUGUACUUCUUAUGGCGACGACAACCCACUUGUGGCUGUUCAUGACGUUGGCGCGGGGGGCCUAUCGAAUGCUCUUCCAGAAAUUGUUCAUGAUUCUGAUCUUGGCGCUGUAUUUCAGCUGCGUGAUGUGCCAUGCGAUGAUCCGCGUAUGAGCCCUAUGGAAAUAUGGUGCAAUGAAUCGCAAGAACGCUACGUACUUGCUGUCCAACCUGAGCAUCUGGAACUCUUCAAAGCUAUCUGCGAACGUGAAAGAUGCCCAUUCGCCGUCGUAGGGGUCGCUACUGCUGAGAAGCGACUGAAAUUGGAGGACUCUCUCCUUGGCACCACACCCAUUGAUCUGCCAAUGUCGACACUCUUUGGUAAGCCACCCAAAAUGCAUCGGACUGCGACCACGCUCUCGCCAGAGCGACCACCAUUCAAAAUGCCGCUAGGCGCCGACAUUCAAGACGCUGCAGAACGCAUACUCCGGCUUCCGGCUGUUGCAUCCAAGUCAUUCCUAAUCACAAUUGGCGAUCGAACGGUGACUGGCCUUGUUGCUCGAGACCAAAUGGUAGGCCCCUGGCAAGUGCCUGUAGCAGAUGUAUCGAUUACGUUCUCGAGUUACGAAGGGUAUACGGGCCAGGCGAUGGCACUGGGAGAACGAACACCUCUGGCGUUAGUAAACGCCGCAGCGUCAGCGCGGAUGGCUGUCGCAGAGGCGCUCACUAAUUUGGUGGCAGCUAACGUCGAGGAGCUGGGAACGGUACGUCUGAGUGCUAACUGGAUGUCCGCUGCGGACCAUCCGGGAGAAGGUUCUGCGUUGUAUGAUGCUGUCCAAGCCGUUGGCCUCGACCUGUGUCCAAAAUUGGGUCUGACCAUUCCGGUUGGUAAAGAUUCCAUGUCCAUGAAGACAAAAUGGCGCAGUCCAGAAGGAGAGGAGAAAGCUGUUACAGCGCCGUUGAGUUUGAUCAUCACCGCAUAUGGUCCAGUCACGGAUGUGCGACAGACUCUCACUCCACAGCUUCGUACUGGAGAGGAAGAGACCACCUUGAUGCUGAUCGAUCUUGCUUGCGGAAAACAGCGGCUUGGCGGAAGCUGUUUGGCUCAAGUUUAUAAUGAACUGGGGACAGAAGCGCCGGAUGUUGAAAGUCCUCAAGCCCUCAAAGCGUUCUGGGAUGCGAUGCAGAUAGCCCGCAAGCAAGGACUAGUGUUAGCGUACCACGACAGGUCGGAUGGUGGUUUAUUCACUACUAUUGUGGAAAUGUGCUUUGCCGGGCACGUGGGCUGUAGUAUCGACCUUUCCCCGCUAGGAGGAUCUGAUCCGACCGCAGCUCUGUUCAAUGAGGAGCUUGGUGCAGUCAUUCAGGUGCGAACUUCGCAGGUUGACCAGGUACGCCGAGUCUUCAAGGAGGCCGGGUAUCCAUCGGUGCACCUUCACAGUAUCGGAGUUGUUGGACAGACUGGAUCAGAUGCAAUUACCUUUUCAUGGGGAGCCUCGGUACGACUAGUGGGUUCACGACUUGUCUACCACAGGAGAUGGGCCGAGACGUCGUAUCGAAUGCAGGCACUUCGUGACAAUCCGGAGUGUGCCCAGGCGGAAUAUGAUUCUCUGUUGGAUGUCCACGAUCCUGGGUUACGGGCAAAAUUGAGCUAUAACCCACAAGAAGAUAUAACACAGAAUAUUAUCUUGAAAACUCCUUCGAACAACAUUCCCCGUGUUGCUGUGUUGCGUGAGCAAGGAGUCAACAGUUAUGGCGAAAUGGCAUUUGCCUUUUAUAAGGCUGGAUUCCAAGCUGUAGAUGUCCACAUGACCGACAUCCUGAGCGGCAGGGUAAAUCUUGACGGUUUUGUCGGGCUGGGGUGUCCCGGAGGAUUUAGUUACGGGGACGUGUUAGGCGCUGGUGCUGGAUGGGCCAAGAGCAUUCUGUUGAAUUCGCGCGCCCGAAGCAUGUUUGCUCAUUUCUUCGAGCGAGAAAAUACCUUUUCAUUGGGCAUCUGCAACGGCUGCCAAAUGCUAUCUGGUUUGAAAUCGCUGAUUCCUGGUACAGGACACUGGCCAGCUUUCAUGAGGAACCGAAGCGAGCAAUUCGAAGCCCGUGUGGCUAUGGUUGAAGUCCUGCCGACCGCGAGCAUCUUUUUGAAGGGAAUGGUAGGGUCACGGAUACCAAUCGCAGUCGCCCACGGGGAGGGGCGCGCAGAAUAUCCGGGGGGUGCUAAGCAAACCGAGGCGGCCAUUGUGGACGGCACAGUUGCCCUGCGGUUCAUAGAUAACUACGGGGCACCAGCCGGUCGUGAGCGGUACCCAUUCAAUCCCAACGGAAGUGAUGGCGGUAUCACUGGGGUUAGCAGCAGGGACGGUCGGGUCUUGGCACUGAUGCCGCACCCUGAGCGUGUAGUUCGGGCGUGGGCCAACACAUGGGGGAUUGAUGUGGAUGGGCGGGCAACCGGAUGGGCUGAAGGAGAGUGGGGAGGAUGGAUGAGAAUGUUUAUGAACGCUAGAGUAUGGGUGGAGGAAACGAGGGCGUAAAGAGUUUGAUUUUUGAACAUUGUAUAGAAUGAGCACAAUUCAUUAUUUUUAGUAGAUUAACCGCAGACACCAUGACUGGAAGAUUUAGCAUUUGUAUGCCCACGCUUGAGGAAGAGGGAAGCGAUGGCGGGAUUU